AUGAAAGAGGAGCUCAGCGGGGGAGAGGGGAGAGAGCGUCCGAGUCCGAGGGGACGGACUCUCACCUUCAUCAUCAUCAUCAUCAUCACCAGACACAACAACUACACGUUUGACCCAUGCAGUUUGGACGAGGCCAGGUCCUACUACUCCGAGGACCAGUGCAGUUGGAGAGGGAGUGGCUUGUCCCAGCAGCAGGGCAGUGUGGAGCAGAUCUCCCUGCACUGCUCUGAGGGUACCCUGGACUGGCUGUACCCUAAAGGGGCCCUCCGCCUCAGCCUGUCCCCCCGCCUGCCCUACGUGGCGGUGGGACCCGGGGGCAGCAGCUCGGGCCUCAUCACCGCCUGCGUCAAGCCCUCGGAGCAGUUCCACGGGGCUCAGCUGUACCUGGAGCGGGACGGGGUGCUGGAGCUGCUGGUGGGGGACCGGCUGGGUACCUCGGCCCCGCCCCGGGUGAGGUGCUUCAGCCGCCAGCCCGGGGAGAAGGUGGCGCUGUUCCUGCAGGCGACCCCACACCAGGACAUCAGCAGGAGGAUCGCGUCGUUUCGGUACGAGCUGAGAGGAGACUGGAGCGCACAGCUGUCCAUGGACUCCAACCAAGUGACCAGUGAAGAUGCCUGCAGACCGUGCAACAAUACCGAGAUCUUGAUGGCUGUGUGCACUAGCGACUUUGUGGUGCGUGGAAACAUCCGCUCCGUUGCCGACGACGACACCCUGCGAGCCGCCGUGAUCAAAGUCAGCGCCACCAGAGUGUUCCGGCAGAAGUACGCCCUGUUCACCGCCGCGGGCCGCCUCACCGCGAAGGGCGAGAUCCGGACGCUGCUGCAGUGCGGCGUCAAACCAGGAGCGGGGAGCUUCCUGUUCACGGGGCGGGUGCACUUCGGCGAGGCCUGGCUGGGCUGCGCGCCGCGGUACAAGGACUUCCAGGAGGCCUACCUCAAGGCUAAAGCUAGCCAGCAAAUACCGUGCGAGCUGCCGAUAGACUGA